AACAAAAGAAAGCAUGAGCUGAAAAUAACGUUUUCCCUAAUGGCAAUGAAAGAAGGUUAAAAAGCCCCUUUCUGGGAAGUGGGCAAAGGUCCUCAUCUCCAAUCUGAUUUGUACCUUCAUGAGAAUCUUCACAUGUGGAAGAUAAAACAUUAGCUACAGACAGAAUGUAUAAACAAGUUGCUAUUUCAAGAAACUUUGUGGCAGAAGCAGAGGAGUUGGAUCUUUGACUUUAGAACUGAAAUAGACUUGAAAAUGUUCUCUCUUUCUUAGUCUUUCAAGAAGAAAACCUGGCAACAGCACUGACUGGAAAGAAAUAUCAGGCAACAAAGAAUUAAAUAAGACUGCAACAAUGUUUAAGAAUGUAAUGAACCAGACUGUCAGGCUGAAGCCUUACAUCUUGAGGACACCCAAAGAACUCUCAAAUACCUAUUCUUUUAGCUUCCUUUUGUCGAAGAAAGUCUCCCUUUCUAACUUUAUACCUGGGUGUGUGAUACUGCCUGAAAACUAUGUGCCUGUAUUUGCAUCUUUAUUAUUUUGCUCGAGGUCCUUACAAGCGUGGGAUAUGCCCGAGUGUUUUCUACUUGAACAAGAAAAAUUGGCUCCAGAUUUGGAAAGUGGGCUGGGUUUAUCAUAAUCAGCAGUCGGAGUUUUCGGAAAAGAAAGAACAACAGGAUUGAAGUCUAAUCGUUUUCAGGAGGGAACCUCUCGAAGUUUGUUUUCCAGAAUCUCCCUGACUAUUAAGAGAGGAUUGUGAAAUGUUGGAGAGAUUGAUCAUCUGUCUCAUUGCGAUCGGGGAGGCCCGGGGAACGGCAAGAGACUGUGGUCAUCCAGGAGAGAUUCUGAAUGGGUAUUAUAUGGCAGAAUCUACUACUCUGGGGAGUAAAGCUAUAUUUUAUUGUGACCAAGGUUAUCAGAUUAUUGGUACAGACUACCGCUUGUGCACAACAGAUGGUUGGAGUGGCCAGAUCCCAACAUGUGAAAUUAUUGAAUGUUCCCGUCCUGACACACCUGCAAAUGGCUACAUUGAAAGAGGAUUUGGACGCAAGUACAAGUAUCAGGACGAGAUAGUCUUCCGCUGCAAUGAAGGUUUUGAAAUGAUUGGUGCGAGUGUGAUUAAAUGCAGUGAGAAUAACAGCUUUGUGCCAUCGCCACCUAUUUGUAGAUUACCAGUAAAUUGUGGUGAUCCAGAAGAAAUUUUGAAUGGAUAUUAUGAAGCAAAUUAUAAUUGGGGAAGUAAAGUUAUAUAUCAUUGCAAUGAAGGGUACAAACUGAUUGGUAAUGACAGCCACUGGUUGGAGUGGUGAGGUCCCAACAUGUAAAAAAUUUCCUCCAAUCAACAUUUUAAAAGAAAUGAUUGCAGUGGCCCGUCAAGUCGGCAUCAAGGAAGAAAAUAUGAUCGAGGCCAAAUACCAGCUGCUUGAUAGUGAACGUGAAAUUCUCAAGUUGAAGGAAAACCUUCUUAAAAAGAUGGAGCAGUAUGUGGAUGAAAAUAAUCUGUAAACUUCCUGAAACAUUAAUCAAUAUCAUACCUGUUUCAGUUACUAAUCCCAUGUUGUAUAUCAAAACCAUAAUCACAUUAAACAACUCAAAUUAUAAGUUUGUGAAUUUAACCUGUUCUAGUUAAUUAUAAUAUUAGAAUUUGUUAUUUGAAAUAUUUGCAUUUUUCUAUAUGGCCUACGUGGAAUAGUCAGUGUGGAUUUAACAGAAAUGAGGAAUGCACAUCAAGAGUGUUUUGCUUUUCCAUAAAUAAAAUUUUGUAUAUGUU